AUGAUUCGUGAUCGACUACGAGCAACCCAAAGUAGACAAAAGAGCUAUUAUGACAUCAAAAGGAAGGCUUUAGAACUUGAAAUUGGAGAUAAAGUUUUCCUAUGGGUUGCACCAAUGAAAGGUGUAAUGAGAUUUGGCAAAAAAGGAAAGUUAAGCCCUAGGUUUAUAGGGUCUUUUGAGGUCUUGGAGAGAGUGGGUGAAGUUGCAUAUAGAAUUGUCCUACCACUGGCCCUGUUGGGAAUUCAUAAUGUUUUCCAUGAGUCUAUGCUAAGGAAAUACAUUCUUGAGCCUUCACAUGUUUUGAGCUAUGAGCCUCUUCAGAUUAGAGAUGAUUUAUCAUAUGAAGAAGUUCCGGUAAAGAUUUUGGAUCGUAAGGAGCAAGUGCUACGCAAUCGAACAAUAUCAUGGGUAAAGGUGCUUUGGAAGAAUCUUUCACUGAAAGAGGCAUCUUAG